ACCAUUACUGGCUGAUAAAAGCCAGCGGGCAAGCAUAAUUUCCAUAACUUGAAUCGACAAUGUGGCGUUGAAGUGAAAACACCACAAGGUUCUCCGUGCAAUCCAUUUAAUAACCAUAUCAACCCCACACAUCUGGCGCAGACUGUAUGUAUAAACAGAUGCACAUACGGGGAUGUGCAUGUGUGUGCCCACUACCACAGACCGUAUUUCCAUAAACCGAGAGUUUGGCAAUAACGAAUCUCUCGCUUUCCCGACCAGAUUAAAGAAUUCGGUUAUAUAGCCCGCCGAUCGACGGCCCGUAACUCUGGCGUCGGCAGAGAGUGUGGGCGUGCAAGUGGGUUUCUCAGGGCAGUAAGGUGCGGUUCCACAACACCAUAAAGCAGACGAAAGCGAAAAAAAAAACCGAAACCGAAAAAAAACACACAACUGGGUGGUGGGAAAGUCUCUCUUCUCUUCCACCUGUGAAGAUUCGCAGGAAGUCCGCCAGUUAGCUAGCUAUUGUGUCAUGCAAUCGAUAUCCGCCGUAACAUAUGCUUCUGGUAUCUCAGGUUGAAACCUCUAUCCGGAAUCGCCCACUGUGCGGUAACUGUGGACCAUGAACACCGCGGGAGCCACCAGUCAACCGCCGCCCACCAAAAAUGAGACACACUCCGAGGAGUAUCUCAUCCAUGUGCAUAUGCCGAACAAGAGCUUUAAGGCUGUUCGUUUUAAUGUCAAGGAGACCGUUUUCCAUGUGAUCCGACGCACCGUCGAGGAUCUGGGCACGGAUGGACGGACGCCAAGCAUCCAGCGUUAUGCCUGCCGAAUGCUCAACAUGAUCACCAAGGAGGUGAUCUGGCUGGCAAGGAGCACUUCGAUGCAGAAGGUCCUGUCGCACAUCCUGACGCCCGGUUGCUCCAACGUCGACUGUCCCAACAAUCAGGCGGAGUUGGAUGAGGUUCUGCUGGAGCACGGCCGAAGGAUCACCGACAACAGGGUGUGGCGAGUGGAGCUUAGAGUGCGCUACGUGCCAAAUAAUAUUCAGGAGCUCUUUGAGGAGGACAAGGCCACAUGCUUCUAUUACUUCAAUCAGGUGAAAGAGGACUUUAUUCAAGCCAAUGUCACAUCCAUCGACACGGAAGUGGCGGUGCAACUGUGCUGUCUGGGUAUUCGUCAUUAUUUUAAGAACAUAACAGUGAAAGCACCUGACAAGAAGCAGCACAUUGACUACAUUGAAAAGGAAAUCGGAUUUAAAAGUUUUCUUCCUCAAUCUGUGAUAGCCACAUCAAAGCCAAAGAAUCUUAAGAAACUGAUCCAAGUCGGUUACAAAAAGGUCUACAAUUACAAUGACAUUGAGUACUUGACGCGGUUCUUUGAUCUUCUGAAGAAUAUUUAUUUAACGAACUUUGAGCAGUUCGCGGUAACCCUGAGCUCGGCGUGGAAUAUUUCUGGAAUUCUACACGUCGGUCCUCACAUUGGAAUCUCUUACCAGACUCAUCCUCAGGCCAGCUUGACGAACGUGGCUCAGUUUAAAGAUGUGGUCUCCAUUAAAACGUGCACUUUACCAAAGGAAAAACUGUCCAAGUCUGGCGAAAAUACCACAGAACCAGAGCUUCAGAACUUUAAUUGCAACUGCCAGAAGAUUAAAACCCAGAUCAAAAUAUCAGCAUCAAACAAUGUGGAAGAUUUGGUUAUAACAUGCAAUGGUAUUAAUACCGCUGAGAGUAUUGCUGACCUCAUUGACGGUUACUGCAGGCUGUUAUCAAAAGACCUAGAGUUCACAAUUUGGCAUCGAGAGACAACCGCGUCGAACGAAGAUAGCGCAAAAGCAUUGCCCAAUGAUGCGACGCUGGGGUCUAAUAAAUCAACUUCAAGUCAGGGAAAACCGAUGCUGACCGAUGAUUAUGCCGAGAUUGGAUUAUUGGAAGGCGAGGGCGACUACUCUACGCCCACCGUUCGGAAUUAUGAGUUGGACAGAGCCCUCAUUACGCCGAGCGCUAAAAUUGGUGUGGGUCAGUUUGGUGAUGUCUAUGUAGGCACAUAUACGCUUCCGAAAUUGGGCAAGGGAAAGAACGCUGCAGGAAAUGGGAAAAAUAGCAAUAGUGACCAAAGAAAUGCCGAUGCAAGGCCAGACGUUAUUCAAGUGGCAAUAAAGACAUGUAAAGCUAACGAUGAUCCCGAAAAAACAGAAAACUUUCUUGCCGAAGCUUAUAUUAUGCAAAAAUUCGAUCAUCCGCAUAUUAUUCGCCUAAUUGGCAUUUGCAGCGUAAUGCCCAUUUGGAUAGUCAUGGAAUUGGCCAAAUUGGGUGAACUGCGUGCCUACUUGAAGACAAACAGCGAAAGAUUAAGUCACGGCACGCUACUGAAGUACUGCUAUCAGUUAUCAACUGCUCUCAGUUAUUUGGAAUCCAAGAAGUUUGUUCACCGAGAUAUUGCGGCGCGUAAUGUACUUGUCAGCUCACCAACGUGUGUUAAGUUGGCUGACUUUGGAUUAUCACGUUGGGUUUCCGAUCAGUCGUAUUAUCACUCAACACCCACAGUUGCUCUUCCCAUCAAAUGGAUGUCGCCCGAGUCAAUAAAUUUUAGAAGAUUUACCACUGCUAGUGAUGUUUGGAUGUUUGGUGUCUGUAUUUGGGAAAUACUCAUGCUGGGUGUUAAGCCUUUCCAAGGCGUCAAGAACAGCGAUGUUAUAUUAAAGCUCGAAAACGGAGAGCGCCUGCCAUUGCCGCCCAACUGCCCGCCUAGAUUAUAUUCGUUAAUGUCCCAAUGCUGGGCAUACGAACCUCUCAAACGACCAAAUUUCAAGAGGAUCAAGGAAACUCUACAUGAAAUUCUUAUUGAAGACAGCAUUAAUUCAUCGGAGACACUGAAGCGGGAGCAACGAAAAGUGGCUUCCAUGUCCUGGAUUGGCAGUGAUGACAUCGACAUUCCGCCAUCAAAACCUUCAAGGGUGAUCCACGAUCCCGACAUUACUGGUUUAAUGCCUGAAACAACGGGGCUACCUCAGACUUAUAUUAUUGCGCAAAAUCCCGCGGUGCUGGCCAAGCUGAUGAUGGAGAACCAGAAACGAGGCAUAAACCCAGCGGCGUACACCACACCAGCUUCGGUAUUUAAUACAUUAGCCGUAGGAUUAGAUGACACCAAUCCGAAUGUUUCGCUUAAGACUACUAAGCUACCAGCAGCAGAUUUGUUAAAACUUGACCCCAUCGCAGAGUCCGAAAGGAUUAGGUCCCAAUUUUCAGCUAAUAGCAGCGCUAGUCAAAUGGCUAACCCUCUUACUGCUUCUGCUAAUCCCCAUGAACCCCUCAAUUCACACCAAGCAGGAAUGUUUACCGGUAGUUUGCCUUCAAAGAGUAGCUUCGUCGUUUGUCCACCCCAAACAGAGGAACACCUGCAAGCCGAAAACAUUUCUAACCCUUCUGUGUCCAAGGUGUCCGGAUAUAGCCUAUAUGGCAGCCUAGAGAGGCACCCACCACCACCAGCAAAAGCGAUGCACUCAAAAGGCGGCAGCCUGGAACGCCACCAGUCAUUGAUGUCAGCUCAAAAUCUAAUUUUCUACAACACAAAGCCGCCACCAAACUGCACGAAUACAGCGGAGCGAUCGAGGAGCAUGGAGCGGAACACGUACUUCCAUGCCUAUCGCCAACAGAUGAAAACCUCUAUGGAAUGCGAUGCUCUACCGGAGGAGAUUUACGACUUUGGGGGCAUUGGGCUCAAGACCUGUGUGUCCGCCAGGCAGCAACCCAAGUUCAGCCCAAUGGUUAAUGUGCGUCCAGCUGAACUGGGCCAAGUACCAAACACAGAUUGCAUGGGAUUACAGCCGAAUAUUCCUGUAUGCGGCACAAUAGAUUCCUUUGGAAUUAUAUCCCCACACAACUUGGACGAAAGUCUUAGACAUCAAAGAGAAAUGGAGCGACAGUGGAUGGCUUCGGGACCACAGAGCAUCACAGUUGCCCCUAAUAUUUCCGAAGGAGCUGCUUGCCUGGCCACUUUGCAAGCUGAAGCUAUAGGAAAUCAGGGCAUUCACAAUGUUUUGGGCGAAAAACUAAGACAACAGCAAAAAGAUAGUAACAGCGACAGCGAAUGGUUAAUUCAAGAAGAAUUGCUGAGGCAGAGAUCCUGCUCAAUACCUCAAGGAUCGAUCAAUGAUCACCAGGCACAGAUUUUUAAGCUUGACUUCAUGUCAGCCGGUCCUUCUAGUUUACCGGACUGCUCGAACUCCAGUUCCCGACCGAUGACGCCAAAUGCUAAUCUCUCUUCGCUGAAGUCGAACCACUCAUCGGCGGAUCAUUUGUCCAGCUUGACGGCUGCAGAAGAACAGAUGGGUCCAAAUGCACGAAACUUAGGCAGUGCUGUUUCAAGUCGCCCACUGAACCGCGCAGAUGAUGAAGUUUAUUGCGCCACCACACUGGUGGUCAAAUCAAUAAUGGCGCUGUCACAAGGUGUCGAGAAAGCCAAUACCGAGGGUUAUUUGGAACUGGUUAAGAAUGUGGGCGUCAAGUUGAGAAACUUGCUCACAUCGGUGGACAAAAUAUCUGUCAUUUUUCCAGCACAGGCCCUUAAGGAAGUGCAAAUGGCACAUCAGGUACUUUCAAAAGACAUGCAUGAAUUGGUCUCAGCGAUGCGAUUGGCCCAGCAAUAUAGCGACACUACGCUGGAUUGUGAAUAUCGCAAGAGUAUGCUGUCUGCUGCCCACGUAUUGGCUAUGGACGCCAAAAACCUGUUUGAUGUCGUCGAUUCGAUACGUCAACGUUAUCAGCAUCUAUUCCCGCCAUCCGCCACAAAAGAAACUAAUUGUUCGUCAAGUUUUGAGUCAACUUCUGGCUCUAUUGUCACAGAGCCGGUUAAUGACCUUGGUGGAUAUAUCAAGACGAGCACAUCGGGAGAUUUGCUUCAAAACACAGGAAUUUAUGAUAAUGAUCUGCAUCAUAGUUUCAACUCGCAAUUGCAAUUGCAAAACCCAAAAGCCAGCAUCGACUUGAGCGGCGGUGGUAGUCUGCAGAGAGGAAUGAGUCUUGGCUUGGACACCACCAGGUCGACAAAUGAACCCUUGCGAAUUGUUGAGGAGACCCUCGGCAGUCCGGGGGAACAUAUGUACUGCAAUACGUCCGCCUUGCACGGCCACGCGUAAUUCUAAAAGCUUGUGCGUUUUCUUUGCGAAGAGAGAUAUUAACUUAACGACCUAACUACUGUACAUACUUAUUUGACAUAUAUAUAUAUAUCAGAAUAUGUAUAUCACUCGAACAAUUCAGCGGAUAAUUCGCUUAUCUACGUACGGAAUAUACAUAGCUUUGAACAUACUUACUCACUAAAGUUUGACGAGACCCCAACUCGGCCGGCCGCAUUCUCACAUCGUCAUGUAGUCAAAAUAAUUUAAGAAACAAAGACACGUUUUUGAAUGAAGAUGGCUAGUAAUAGUAAUUUAUAGAUAAUCUACUCGAUCUAAUACAACUAAAAAUUAAAUUCAUCAUCAUUUCGGGUGUGUUUUAAGACAUUUAUAUUGUGAUUUAUAGUUUACCAUCAUAAGCUUUACUCGAAGCUAAUUAUUUUGGUGCAAGGUUCAAUCACAAAAAAAUAAAAAGAUUAACUAAAC